AUGGCACUUCCAUCUAUUCAAACCUUGAAACAACUCCCACAAUCCGAUCAAAAAUAUAUUCUUGAUCAAUUAUUUGAACCUUGUGAUACAUUAUCAAAUUUCAUAUUUAUUAAAGUUUUCCCACAACAAUUUACAACAUAUCUUGAAUUUAUUAAUCUUGUACGUAAAGAAUUAAUCAAUUUAUUAAAAGAAAAUGAAUUAAAUCCAAUUAUAAAUGAAAUAAUUUCAACUCAUCCAAGAUUAGGUGAACCUAAAAAAGAACAACUUUCAAUUCAUUCAUCAAAUGAACAAAAAAAUUUAAAUUCAGAUCCUGAUAUAAUAUUAAAAUUAAAAGAAAUGAAUGAAUUAUAUGAAAAUAAAUUUCCUGGUUUAAGAUAUGUUGUUUUUGUUAAUGGUAGAAAUCGAUUAGAAAUUAUAAACGAUAUGAAUAAAAGAAUUAAAAGAGAUGAUAUUCUCUUGGAAAAAUAUGAAGCUUUUAAUGCUAUGUGUGAUAUAGCUUUAGAUAGAGUUAAUAAAUUAGGUAUUAAAUUAUAA